UUUCGCAGUACCCGUACUUUACGCAAACAGCUUGUUUGGUUGUUUGACAAUAGAGUUGAUAUCAAGCAAAUCUCCGUUUUUUUCCACGAUUUAAUCGCGAAAACGUUAUUUCUUGUAAUCAGACGAAGAACCUAAUCAAUUAUCACCAUUCCGUUAUCAAGAAUCGCAAUUGCAUCCUUUAGCAUGAAAAUGCCCAGCAAUCAAUCAUCUGAGAACGGCCUUUACGACUAUGAAGACACCACCUACAUUUCGGAAAGCAUAGAAAAUAAUGGAGUUGAGGAAUUCAACGCUUCAGCGGAGGAUGACUUUUCCGAAUAUCUGUGGAUGGAAAACGAAGAGGAGUUCGACAAAGAGGUCAUGCAAAGGCUUGAGGAAGAAGCCCUUAUGGAAGAAUGCAUUGAGGCUAUGCUAGCAGACGAAAACAGUGAAGUCUCCUCAAAUCAUGUUAACGGGGUUGAUGAUAACAACGAAAUAUCGAACAUGAUCAACAAUCUAAAGUUGGAUUGCCCUGAAGUUGUUAAGGAAAGCAAUCUCAACCCGCUAGCUGCGGAGUUUAUACCUGGGGGAUCCCCUACAGCUGUGGAAACCGUAACCGGUUCGUCUUAAGUCGCUCGAUAUUGCAUAUUGUCCUGGAAUCUCACAUGUACAUAUUUGAAAAAAAUAGUAUUUUUUUAUUACUUGCAUCAUUACUUUCUCCAUGGAGAUUAUUUAUUUAUCAGUUGUAAAUUUCGGUAAUUUGUGAGAUUUAUAAGCUCUUCAUGUAAAGAUUUUUUGUGAACUAGGUAUACUGUAUAAUUGAGGAUUUUUACAAUUCUUCUUUAAAGCGUAACGAUCUCAUUGUCAAGCGUUAUAAAGGAGUGUCCAACACUUUGUGUGAUUAGAGCAGCUUUAAUAACCCUCCUCUUUAGUUGCUGCAACAUUGUAAAUUCAGUAGAUACUUGAUUUCGUUGGUGUAUAAAAUCUACAAAAAAAUCCUUUGUAAAAUCAUUUUUUAUGUAAUUUAAACUUAAAAAACUCUGUUCUCGCAACAAUCUCAAAUUAUACACAACCUUCACGUGGUUAUGUAGUGAUAAUAAGGCUGUGCGAGUACACAAAAAAAUACUUUUGUACCUCUUAGCUAUCAUAUCCGUGUUUUUGCUCUCUUCUGUUCAAGAGUUCUUAUUUUAAACAAUAACUUGCGUUGGUGCGAAAUACUUUGUUUGUAUGGUUAAAUUAUAAAAAAAAUAAACUUGACCUCAUGUCA